AUGACAAUCCCCCCAUCGGAACGCGUCGUCCCCGGCUCUGUCAACCUGGCCCCGGCCCCCUGGCCCGCCUCUGCCACCACUCCAGCCGUCUCCGUCGACGCCCCGCGCGUCGCGGCUGACCUGGUGGCCGCCCUCAACACCGCCCUCGCUGGUGGCAACUACGCCGCUGCUGCCGACCUGUUCCUGCCCGACCCUGGCCCGGCCAAUGGAGAUGGCGCGUCUCCAUCGUCCUUCUGGCGCGAUCAUCUCGUGCUCUCGUGGCGGCUGCGCACGCUCAAGGGGCGCGACAAGAUCCGGGAAUUCUUGGAGGCUCAGCUCGGCGGCCCUGGGGGUGGAAAGGUGGUUCGGUUCCAAGUGGAUUCGUCGAGCGAGUUCCGUCGGCCGCAGACGGCCGAGUUCCGGCCGCUGGGCGGGGUGACGGGGGUGCAGUUCUUCGUCAGGGUCGAGAGGGAGGACGGGGUGGCCGGGCGUGUUGGACGGGGAGUGGUCCGGAUGGUGGAAGCAGAGCCCGGGGUCUGGAAGGUAUGGACCUUGUUCACCACGCUGGAGGAGGUGAAGGGGUCGGAGGAGAGGAAGGGCGAGAGGAGGGAACGGGGCGUGCAGCAUGGAGCAAUAGGAGGGAGGCGGAAUUGGGCCGAGAGAAGGAGGGCCGAGAGCGAGUUUGUCGGCACGGAACCCGUGGUCUUGAUUAUUGGUGCUGGCCAGGGAGGUUUGACCGCCGCCGCGCGGCUCAAGAUGCUUGGAAUUCCGGCCUUGAUCAUUGACAAAAACAGCGCUGUUGGAGACAAUUGGCGCAAGCGUUACCACCAGCUCGUGCUGCACGACCCUGUCUGGUAUGACCACAUGCCAUAUGUUCCAUUCCCCGACUUCUGGCCCAUCUUCACCCCGAAGGACAAGCUUGCGGACUGGUUCGAAGCGUACGUCAAGGCCCUCGAGCUCAAUGUGUGGACCGAGUCAGAGAUGGUGUCCUCUUCCUGGAAUGACGCCAAACAGCUUUGGGCGGUACAGAUCAAGCGCGCUCGCGCCAGUGGUCAAGAGAUUAGGACUUUCCACCCGAAGCACAUCAUCAUUGCCACGGGACACUCGGGAAGGCCGCACAUGCCGUCCAUCCCCGGCAUGGAGUCGUUCAAGGGCGACCUGCUUUGCCACUCGGGCAGUUUUCCCGGCGCCAAGGAGGGCCGCAAGGGCAAGAAGGCGGUGGUCGUCGGCGCAUGCAAUUCCAGCAUGGACAUCUGCCAGGAUUACGUCGAAAAGGGCUACGACGUGACGAUGGUGCAGCGCUCGUCGACCUACGUUAUCUCAAGCGAGACCGCCCUGAAGGUUACCCUCGCCGUGCUCUACGAGGAGAACGGUCCGCCGGUAGAGGACAGCGACAUCGCAGUUUGGGGCUGGCCCAGUGAGGUGCUCAAAUCUCUCCAGGUUGAUCUCGCAGCCAUCUCGGUGGCGCGCGACAGGGAGAUGCUCGAUGGGCUGGACAAGGCUGGUUUCAAGAUCGACAUGGGCCCGUCGGGUGGAGGCCUGUUCAUCAAGUAUCUACAAAGAGGAGGAGGGUACUACAUCGAUGUGGGUGGGGCAAAGCUAAUUAUCGACGGCAAGAUCAAGGUCAAGCAUGGCCAGGAGAUUUCGCAGGUGCUUCCCACAGGGCUCAAGUUCGAGGAUGGGAGUGAGGUGCAGGCGGAUGAGAUCGUGUUCGCGACCGGGUACGACAAUAUGAGGACAACGGCCAAGGAGAUUCUUGGGGACGAGCUGCCUGACCAGGUGGGAGAUGUCUGGGGAUGGGAUCAGGAGGGCGAAAUGCGGACUAUUUGGACGCACAGCGGACACCCAGGUCUUUGGUUCCACGGCGGAAACUUGGCCUUCUGCAGGUACUACUCGAGGCUCGUCGCCCUCCAAAUCCUGGCCAGGCUGAAAGGCUUUGAGACUUGA